CUCCCCGCCAUCGCCAUCGGAUCCACUUGCAGGUGCCUGCGAACAAUUUAUACACUCAGCAUUCUUCAGCAGGGUCUCGUCGCAUAAGUCCCUAGACAUGGCUUCCCUCAAUGGCGCGCCCGCCGAUACCGUGGCACCUGGCCACGCCGACACGUCCAUCACCGAGGAAGGCUUCAAGAUCACCACGCGCAAGCUGCCCAUCCUCAAGGCCGGCCCAAUAGAGGACAUGACCAAGAAACUCGGGAUCGCGCCACCCGAGAUGAUAUUCGGCGACAACAUGGUGCGGAUAGAACACGCCCAGAGCGGCUGGUACAUUGAGUUCAAUGCCUUCGAUGCGCUGGACCUGGUGGACAAGACCGGCGAGAAGAUGUUCAAAGUCUCCUACUCGAAAGAAUGGCAGCAGAACCGACAGAAGCAGUUUGAAGAUAUCAAAGAAGUCGUAAAGCCGUUCGACUGGUCCUACAGCACAGAUUACAAGGGCACCACACCACCAACACCCGCCUUUGAGCCUACCGAGACCCCGAUACCACUCCACCUCCUCAAGCGUCCCGACCCGAUACACUUCUUCGACGAGCUGGUACUCUACGAAGACGAGCUAGCGGAUAACGGCAUCGCCAUGCUGUCCUGCAAGAUCCGUGUUAUGCCACAGCGCUUACUUCUCCUUGUGCGCUUCUUCAUGCGUCUGGAUGAUGUGGUAUUCCGGAUACGCGACACGCGCGUGUUUGUCGAGUUCGGGGACAAUGUGGUGCUGAGAGAGUACACGGCGAGGGAGGAGAAAUACGAGGAAGUACGGAAGAAGCUCGCAGGACGGAAGGAAGAUGUGCUUGCGAUAAUGCGCGACCCGAACCGCUUAGCGGAACAUAUACCCAUAGUGGAGCAGAAGCUUGAGGGUUUACAACUGAAGUGAACAAGCGCGGCGCGAUAGAACCUCGAUCAUCACUCUUCGACCCGAAAUCAACCGCACUAGAAGCAUGGAGGCACAACAGCGACCCAAGCCUGCGUCGACAAUCCCAAGGUCAGUCAGACCGGUGCAUACGUUGGUUAAGCCUACGCUCAUCGCCUGUUCAGUAAUCACGCAAACAACCAGGAAGCAAGCAUCUUAUGCCUGGAAUCUGCCGUUUGACAGGCGUCAACUCCAGACGAUCUCUACCCUCGCUCUAGAAGUCUUAUCGAAUACGCGCCAAUAAGCUUGGCUGGGGACAAGAUCCUGAUUAUUAAAUCACUACCCUGUACAUACUGCCUAGGCAUGGGGCCGGCAUGAGGUCUGUAUGUCGGCGACUGUAAAGGAGGGUCUCACCGCUCUUGAGUAAGAUAGCCUUUACAAUGCAACCCCGAUUAUAUAAACGGAUGUUGUUGACUGAAAGCUGACUGAACCCCCCCAAAGCGCCGGAACCGAA